AUGACGCGCGCGACGGACACGGGGCGAUCGAACGCGCGCGCGGUGGCGCUGUGCGCGGUGGCGCUGUGCGUCGCCGCGCUCGGGGCGCGCGAACUGGCCGAAUCGCGGGCGCUCGGUAAUUUCAUCCUACCGAAGGGACACGUCUGGGACACGGCGGUGACGCGGGCGGAGAGACGGACGGCGCUCGCGGCGAAGAUCGAACGAUGGGCGCGACUGGGCGUGAAGGUCACCGUGUCGGAGAACGAGACCACGAGCGUGCUCACGGACGAAGGCUAUUCCGAAGGAGACGACGCGGACGCGACGACGGAGACCUUCACGGAGAGAGAUUCAGGAAGCGCGAACACGACGGUAGACUCGCCCGAGGAGCUAUUCGCGAUGGGCAUGCGUAGUACGGCGUGCAUCAAAACGUGUCUGGGGGAUGUUCAGGUGGAGAAGAUUCUCGAAGGGAAGGGUUGCUCUGCAAUCGACGGCGACGACGACGGCAAGCGCGCGAAGCUGGUCUGUGUGCACGAACGCUGCGAGUGUGCGGAGGCAAGAGCGGUGCAAGAAACCUUGUUUUACACAUGCGAUGCGCGCAAAAGUGGCGCAAACUUCACUUAUACGGACUUGAUGGACUUUUACGACGCCAGUCUCGAGACAGCGUUUGACGACUGCGUGGCGAGCAAAGAGGAUGAUUUGUUGGACAAGCAGCUCAACGCUCCGUGGGAUGCGUCGGCGAACAAGUCACUGGAAAGUUUGGAUAUAACGCCGAUAUCCACGAACACUUCUGGCGUACCUGCACUGGGAGCGUGGUGUCAUCUUCCGGGCGACGCGGCGUGGCCAUCGAUGUGCGCCGUCCCAGCUCUUGAUAAUCCUAGCUGUACGUUCCACUCCGGAUGCGGCAGGGGUUGCCCAUGGGGUGCGGCACCCAUCGGUACGUGGCAUUGCGGCUGGUGCUGUCACUGGUGCUGGAGCUGGCCUUGCUGGUGCUGGUGCAGUUGUCGCUGGAGACGCUGGAGGUUACGCUGCAGCUGCGGCUGUCACUGGUGCAGCGCGUGCGCAGCUCUGCCCACGUUCGAGUUCAGGUGCUACCGCCAACGCUUCGCACGACGAACGGGUGGUUGUUGGACGUGCGUUCCGGGCUAUGAGUGGCGAAACGGCCGAUGCCAGCUCAUGGGUUGGAUCCAAGACAUCAUAAAUGGCAUCAACACAGCAAAGAGGACCAUCGCCGAUGCACCGGGGGCGAUUUCUCGCGCAGCAAGCGAUGUACAGAGCGCCUUCGACGCCAUCGGAGAUCGUAUCCGAGACAUCGCCUCGAAAGCGGAAGAUCUGGCGAAGAAUUUCGCCAAAAAGGUAUCGGACUUAUUUGACGCAAUCGCAAACUCAAUCGUCCCAACUAGUCCAGAGGCUGUGGUGCGUGGCAUCGAGAAAGCUUUCAUCUGCGGCAGCAACGCGGCUAAUCUGGGCGAUGAACCCGAGCAUAUCGUUCAACCAGUGUACAUGGGUCUACUCGAUCCCGUGAACGAAGAUGCUUUACACGGUAUGAUUCAAUCCAUCAUGCGCGGUGAGGACAUCAGUGAGCACACGUGGACAACACACCGCAAGGUUCGUAACCCGCAUUACAAACCAGUCGCUGAUCUCGGAGGAAACGCAACCGCCGAUCUCGGAUGGUGCCCCCCUGCCUUCAGCGCUCCUAAAUGGCCCGAUUUCCCCGAUAUUAACGUAAACUGGGGUGGUAUUCCAUGGCCGCCGGCAACGCCAACAAUUCCGAUGCCUGGCUUUCCUGACGUCAAACUUCCGCGAAUGCCUGGUUUAACAUUUCCAGGUCUUCCGGGUUGGUCACCAGUGUGUCUCCUCACUCAGGUAUGCAUUGCUCCGAAAAUCGAUUUCAGUAUCGAGAAGAAUCAUGGCAUGGAACUUGACAUCGCAAAGAAGUUACACGGCAGUGGAACCGCGAAUGCGAACUUCGAAAUGUCUCUCGACACCAAGUAUCCCAUCAGUGUGUGCAUUCGUGUGCAAAAAGUCAAAAUUCCGUUCGAAGUGAUUUCUGAGUCCAUCUCAGUCAUCUUGAAAUGGAUGAAAGGAAAACUCAUGGUCGCGUUUGACGCCAUCAAGAAUUGGGGACAACCUAUCGCUGAUGCUAUUGAAAGUGCUAAGGACGUCGUCAAGGAUGGUAUUGAUGAAGUCACUGGUUGGUUCAAAAGUAUCGGUAUCGGCCGUCGACUCCUCGACAGUGAAGAUAUAACCACCGAGGAAGAGGCGAAUGAAGAGAUUGCGUAUCGCAAGCGUAUCGCCGAGGAAAUGCAGUCACGUCAGCUUGCCCUCGCGGCGAGGUACCUUGGUCGCCUUGAGGCAGCGUAUUCUACAUACGCUCCAGAGAUGGAGUCGCACGUGCGACUCGAGACAGAACGCAUGCGAACAACCGUUAAGUCUCACCCGAUUUUCCACAGUGGUCAUCACCACGACGCUGCUACACUUGGAGUCGGUCUUCUAGAUUUUGCCGACAAAGAACUCACGGAUGGGCUGCGCGACGCAUUCCUCAAGAUGCGAAAGGCAGCUUUUGUGAUGGCCGUCGGUGCCGCAUUCGACACGAAAGUUACAAUAAAAGCUGAUGCAUCGGUAUUUAUGACAGGUGACUUUACGGACGGCGGAAUCACGCGAACUAUUUCUCAAACAUUUGGUGGGGGCUCCGGGUUCUACACCACGCUCGAAGGUGUCGUUCGCGUUACCGCUCCAUGGAUGUUUAUGGCGGAAGCCAAGGGCGAAUUCAGCUAUCGUAUUUAUCACGAUGGUGACGUUGGCUUUGAGAUUGGAAUGGACGAUGGUAAACCGCACAUCAAGGUUCACGAUCCCAAAGUCAAAGCUGAACCUCUGGGCGCGUUCUCUGCGUCGGCGAGCUUCAAGACUGGCUUCGUGUUUGAGAUUGUAGACAUGAAACUUCAGUUCUGCUACGACACCAAGGUGUGCGCUGGUCCUCAGAUCAACGUCGAACAACCGAUCUACCUCGGUGCUGACGCGUUCGUCGCAGCAUCUGCAGCGAACACGAAGUGCUUUGCUGGUGGUACUGAGCUCACGGCGGUGUUUGCUGACACCUUCGAUGGCUAUGAAGAUGAUUCAAACUGCAAACUUAAAUCAGGAGGUGCAGUCGCCGGAGUUGGUGGCUACGUCGAACUCCCAUACCCGAGCAUCAAUAUCGUCCUUCAAACUGUGAUUGACGGUAACGACCAGUGCGUGCCGGACUACGAACUCUAUGACAGACCAACUUCAGGUUCCGUCAUCAAAGACGUUGGCGGCAAGGACUAUUUCCAAACGUGCACAAGCUCAGGAUCAGGUUCCUUUAUAAAUGAAGACGACUGCGGGUGCCCAGUUGAGGGCACUUGCUAA